AUGAGAAAUUUUCAAGGGGCAUCUAGCAUUUCAAUGCAAACAGCUGUUUUCAAUGAGAUUGGUGGGAAUCAGAUCACCAAUCACUAUGCUGUUCAGCAGAGGGAGCGUACAAUCUAUGAUGAGUUUAAAUACAUAUUGUUAGGAGAUGUGGAAAUGAUUCAGGAACUUGGGGAGAUAGAAACACAGUACGGACUUGGUUGGAAUAAGGAAGCCCCUGUUAGAGUAGUCAAAAUGGUAUCCUCUGCUCUGGUUCAUUGUGGUCAAGGUUCAAAAUGUAUGGUGUUAUCAUAUAGUGGACCUGCUGCUGAAGAGGCAUCAUUGGGAAAAGGAUUUUCAGUCAAUUACUCAGCUAAGAAAUCCACAGAUCAUGCAACUGUUUGGAAUCAAUCGGUCAAGAGUUCCUCUAUUAAUAUUCCACAAUGGAUGUUAUUAGAGCUUGUGCCUCUUAGUCAUGUCUGGCAUGAUCUUCAUCAUUUAGGACGAUCAUACUUUGUAUCAUUAGCACAGCCUGGUUCCAAGCACAAAUUCAGAUGUGAUGAAGAUGAGCUGUGGAUAGAUCCCAAGCAGGGAGCAUUGAUCCAUGGACUGAGAGGACCACAUUGUAAACAUGUUCUUCACUUAUUAAUGGAGACUCUUCCAAUGUUGUCAAGUCUCGACCUUCUCCAGGAUGAUGUUCUCUGGACCUAUCUCUCAGGAAUUAAACCAUUGGAUAGGGAAUUUGAUGGAAAUGUUGUUGUUUUACUUGCACGGCAGUUUUCGUCUGGUGGAAAGCCCAUUUCCAGUCUGAAAUCCCAGCCAAUUGUUCAUUCAGCCUUGACAGGGUUCACAAUUGCAGUUGGAGGUAUGGUCUGGUGGGGGCUUGGAAGUUCAUGCCUUGACUGCAGAGUACAGAUGCCAGAUGGUGCAGUAAGGUGGGUUUAA